AUGGACCACCGAAAAAGAAAGCGACGGAGAAGAGCUGACAGACCUCCCAUCUCGGCAUGCUUAACGCCAAGCGAACAAAUCAAAGGCAACGUGGGCAAGAUCUCCCGGGACCUCUACACUGAGCUGUUCCGCCAUGAGCCCUUGCAGGAGCCCACCGUUGCACCUGCACCCCUUCACUACAUUGCCAUCGCGCCAUGGACACCUUUGUCGCAAGAUAUCGUUGAAAAUACGAGCUGGACGAUACUGCCUGUUCGUGCGCAGGAGACCGGUGCGGAGAGAACAAAUGGCCUAAGUCCAUUGUCCCUACAAUUUCCGGCAGCUUCAUUGGCACUUCAGACUUUUGCGGAGGCACUGCAGGCCACCUCAGCAGAGAGAGGCAACUCCAAGGGAAAAUCAGGUGUCGAGGUAUGGAUACUGGAGGUGGAACCUCUGAAGCUGGAUACCAUAUACGUGACCGUUGAUGGGAAUGCCCUUGAUAAACACGAUGAAGUGCAGAAGAAGUUUGGAGGAGGCUUUCCUGGUUCUCAGACCAAUGGGUAUGCCAGCAAGAGCAAGGGAAAGGGCAAGGCCACACUACAUGCUGGGGUCAAUGGUGAUGGAGGUCUGUCACAGAUCAAAGAUCAGGAAGACCGGCUGACCGCGGCUGUUCGCGAGGGUCUGGCAUCAUCACUGGUCGUGCGCCAGAAUGAUCUCCUGCCCCUGCCGUUGCCAGCUCAUCCAAUCACUCAUGUUCCUUUACCGCCUGCGAAAAUCACCUUUUGCGAACCUAUCGCCCAAGGCCUCCUUUCGCACGAGACCAAGAUCGUCGUCAACCGCGUCUACUACAAGGACCCAGCAGACCGAGGUCGACCAAAUCUAGCUGUGCGCAAUGCUUUUCGUGCCAUGACAGCAGACAAUGGGAAUGACACGUCAAAUGAGCAAUUCUUCUCUGCCACAGAAGACGGCGGUAACGAGAACGUCAUGAACGUCGAAGGAGUGGAGUCUACUUCAGGUUCAGAUAGUUCUAGCAAGGAAUCUGGUAGUUCUUCAGAUGACUCGAUGGACAAUAUGAUAUCUAUGAGCGCUCCGCGACUAGCAAGUCAUGAUUCUGGUGUACUAACUUCGAGGAUAGCGGCUACGCCCAGGGCAGGAAGACCGAUGACGAAUGGCGUUAACACCCCAGGAUCUGUCUUUUCAAACCUCACGGCGACCACAGCUAGGCAAGGUUCGAUGGCAAAGGGUAGGUUUUGCAAAGCACAAGGUCUGACCGUCAGGAUACCAGAUGAUUUACUACACCCCAAGCCAACUAUAGACGAGGAUGAUGAGGCUCGCGUAUUCGUUGAUAUCAAGACCCUAUUGAAAUUGCAUUGUUUCUCCGGCGAUUGGGUGAAAAUGGAAACAGCAUCCGCACCUGGUGAAGGCCGCUCCGGAAUUUGGGGGAUUCAGGCAUUCGAUCGUGACAGUGGACAGGACGAUUUUAGACCUGUCAAAAUUUACGGAUUGUCUGAUCUAGCUCCGGUCUCAGCACCUCGAUAUACUAAAUCAGGCGCGCUUGAGAGAAGGUCAAGUGCCGCCACAGUCCAGACGCCGGAUACUGCAGGCCUCGUUGCUUGGCUCUCGCCCGUCUUACUAGCAAACCUAGGCCAGCCGCUAUUUGUGAGGCUGUCCCCUCUGCUCGCGGGACGAGCGGGGAAUAGUGGUGCGAGAACUACAAACAAUGCCUCGAAGGUCAACAAUGCUACGUCACCACCCGUUGCGAAAGAGAUGACCAUAGUUCGAGUAUCCACACCCCUCUCGACUGAGCGAGCGUUGCAGAGCGGAAUAUUCGCCUCUUUAAAGCAGCAUUUUGAGAACAAGCGACGCAUUCUUCGCCAAGGGGACCUCAUUGGUCUUCCCAUAGAUGCGGGAGCCAGUCGGUUGUUGGCUCAUCCAGCCGGUGGUGCGGAUGUUGAUGCUGAUGUGGAGGAAUUGCUUGCCCUUUCUUUGGAAGACGAAGCAUCGACAUUUCACCGCUUGGAAGUCGCCUGGUUCAAGGUCGGGCAAAUCGUUAGUCCAGAGCCGGACCAGAAUUGCCAAAGUCUGUCACCAUUUGGCUGGGGUGGAGUUGCCUGUAUUGAGCCCAUGACUACUCGUAUGAGACAAGCUGGAAGCGAGACAAGCAAGACACUAUCAGCAUUAGAUCCGUCAUGGAAGUACUACCUUGGCGUCCGGCCACCAAUGAAAGGUUUAAUUCCCUACAACCCCAUAAGGCAAUCUGUGGCUCCCACACCCAAACCGUACACUGCACCUCUGCAACGGCGCCUCCGUGAGCUGUUCGCUGCAGCUACCAGUCCUCGAGCUGUGCAUCUCGGAAUGGACCCGAUGAUCGUACUUCUCCACUCUACCCAGAGAAACAUUGGCAAGGCCACACUGGCCUCAAAUGCUGCCUCGGACCUUGGACUCCACAUCUUUGCCAUACCUGCAUACGACCUUGUAGCGGAAGGUGGAAGUGGUGGUGAUGUCAAGACAGAAGCUUUAUUUAAAGCGAGAGUCGAACGGGCCCUAAGCUGUGGAGCUGACUGUACAGUCAUUUUGGUACGACACAUAGAAGCCUUGACGGCAGAUCGCAUGGUGACCGCCAUCAAGGACACAAUCCCUGAUGUCAGAGUGCUCAUAGCCACUACCACCGAGAUCGAGAAUGUACCUGAUGGUGUACGAAGCCUGUUCACGCACGAAUUGGAGACAAUGGCGCCAGACGAAGGUGAGAGGGAAGGUACUUUACGGAGCAUCGUGGAAGACCGAGCGAUCAGGCUUGGGCAUGAUGUUGACAUGGCUUCCAUCGCGGUGAAGACUGCUGCCCUCGUUGCGGGCAAUUUAGUUGAUAUCGUCGACAGAGCCGUCGUAGCCAGGCAAGACCGUCUGGAGAAAGUCGUUACUAACAGCUCGAGCAUAGGAGAAGGCACGGACAUACUUCUUCGAGAUGUACUCGUAUCCGGCGGAGAGGGUGCGCGCUGCGUGACCAAAGCGGACUUUGACCUUGCUGUGGAGGCUGCCCGAAAGAAUUUCGCUGAUGCCAUUGGAGCUCCCAAGAUUCCCAACGUCAGCUGGGAUGAUGUUGGGGGUCUUACAAACGUCAAAGACGCUGUCAUAGAGACCAUUCAAUUGCCGCUUGAGCGACCAGAGCUCUUUGCCAAAGGCAUGAAGAAGCGAAGUGGUAUCCUCUUCUACGGUCCUCCCGGUACUGGAAAAACUCUUCUGGCAAAGGCCAUCGCAACUGAGUUCUCCCUCAACUUCUUCUCCGUCAAAGGACCAGAGCUACUCAACAUGUAUAUUGGUGAGUCUGAGGCGAACGUACGCCGUGUUUUCCGGCGAGCUAGAGAUGCCAGACCAUGCGUGGUCUUCUUCGAUGAGCUCGACUCUGUGGCACCGAAAAGAGGCAAUCAAGGUGAUAGCGGUGGCGUCAUGGAUCGUAUCGUUAGUCAGCUUCUCGCUGAGCUUGACGGCAUGAGCGAUGGUGAGGAAGGUGGCGGCGGCGUCUUCGUCAUUGGUGCUACGAAUCGGCCAGAUCUGCUUGACCAAGCUCUGCUACGUCCAGGACGAUUCGACAAGAUGCUCUACCUUGGUGUCUCCGACACCCAUGACAAGCAGCUCACUAUUCUCGAGGCCUUGACUCGCAAAUUCACAAUGCAUCCAGAGGCGUCUCUUCGGCGGGUGGCUGACUCAUUGCCAUUUACGUAUACGGGUGCAGACCUUUACGCACUCUGCUCGGACGCUAUGCUUAAAGCCAUCACCAGGCAAGCAUCAGCUGUCGAUGCGAAAAUCAGAGUAAUGUCUGGUGCUCCUGUCACUACGGCUUACUUCUUCGAUCAUCUGGCUACAGACGAGGACAUUGCUGUUAUGGUUACUGAACAGGACUUUUUGCUGCAAACGAGGAGUUGGUUGGUAGUGUAA